AUGGAACCAAUAUCACCCAAAACUGAGUCUAAGCAGUGUCUUCGAGCCCGCAUUUGGACAGCUUUUGUGCUUUUUUGUCGCUGUACCACCGUCCGUGGUUUGGGCAAGCUAUGGCAGGGUCCCACCUUCCUCCGCAUAAUAUGGGCUAUCUUUGUGGUUUCUAUGAUGUGCGUCCUCCUUAUCUCUGUGGUUCUCUUAAUCCUCGACUUUCUCGCUUAUGAUGUGGGUGUCCAUACUCGCCUUCUUUUGGAUGAUCCAUCACCUUUUCCGGCACUCACUGUCUGCCAUCAUUAUCCCUUCUCAAUGCGAGCCCGCAAGCUAUGGCAGGAAAGGAAAGUCCUCUCACCUGGUCGGUUUAAUCGGUAUAUGAGAAACUUGACCUGGACUAAUCUCCUAAAUAAUGAUGUUAGUGCGGCUGAAGCUAUCACAUUCUACGACAGUUUGUCAGUCUACUAUCAGAAUCUCAGCCCCGAGGAGGCGAAAUCCCUGGGUCACGAUCAUCGUAUCUUCCUAAAUUGCAUGCGCGUAUCUUCACAAACUUCCAUAUUUGAGGAUGACUGUCGCUUGCUAAAGGGUUACCGCGUUAGACAAUUUUCUCACCAUCAAUACCUGAAUUGUCACACAUUUGAACCAGUGGAUCAAAAGGAAGCGCUGGAGACAUCAUUUCUAAGUCUUAUUGUAAGCAUGGGCCCUAAGGAAAGCUCAGAUCCCGACGAACAGGCUUUCCUGCCCGAUAUCUUUGAGCAGGCGAAAGGUCUGCGAGUAGUUGUUCACGAACCGGGCACAUACCCGGAUCUGGAAAAAUUCGGUCUUCAUGCUGAGCCAGGGAAGUUAAAUGAAAUUGGUUAUCAGCCUGUCCGAUGGACAAAAAUGAAUACUCCUACACGACCCUGCUUUCAUGAAGCGGAGAAGUAUUAUGAUCUCGAUGGUAUCUACAAUUACACCCAUGAACAAUGCCUCCUAUUGUACCAGCAGAAGGAGAUCAUAGAGGAUUGUGGUUGCUACUAUGUAAUGAAUCCACGGCCCUCUUUUCCCACCAAUGAAAAGCCUUACUGUGGGAGAAUGUGGCCCAAUUUGGAUAUCGAAAAGUUCGUUAAUCGUUUGGAAUGUUUGCGAGACAAGUUGAAUAUUGCAGUGAAAAGGAAGUACGAUGGAAGUGUCUGCCUUCCUCGAUGUGAAUACUACACCUACGAUUCCGCCAUCUCGAUAACCAAAUGGCGGGCCCAAAUGUGGCAAUUGUACUGGCUGCGAGUUCAAACUCAGGCCGUGCGAUUGACACAGGAGUUCAUGCAGCACAACUCCAGUCGAAAUAUCACCGAGAGCCUCGGUUAUCGCAUGUGGAAGCGAUAUCUUAGUGAACGUAAUCUCAGUGGCAUCCCAGAGGAGGCGACCUGGAAUGACUCUACUCGUCCGUCAGAUGUGAUCAAACAGAUCAAUUUGGACAUUGAUGAUGGCUUUUUAGCAAACGAUGACGGUUUCGCCUACAUAGUUCUCAAACGCAAAUCACAAAACACCAUCGACAAUACAGAGAAGUUGGUUCUAACUCUCAACGUUCUAGUCUCUCGAAUUGGCGGACUCUGUUCGGUGACCAUUGGCAUAACCGCCGCUUGUGUGGUAGAAAUCAUUGAGUUUGUCUACUAUGCGAAUUGCCACAAAAAAACCACCCCAAAUAGGACAAAACCGGGGGCAGAAACUGUUGACCAGGAGGGUGACAGACAGGAGGAGAAAAGUUGUUGA